CUCGCCUCACAAAAAACCCUUUCUCCUCCCAUUUUCGUUGCAGAGAGAUAAAGAAAAAAUCUGAGAAGCAAAACCAAAAAAUUUACAGGAAACAAAAAAAAAAAUGCUUCUCAAAACCGCUUCUGCUUUCUCUCUCUUGAACAUUCAUGGAGAAAAGAAAGACAUCUCUCCUCUCUUCUCUUCCAUUUCGUCCCCGACUGAUUUCUCCUUGAGUCUUCCCGUUUCUUCGGGAAAAUCCGGAAAUCUCUCCUUCUCGGUUCGUGCUUCUAAGGCUUCCACCACCCAAACGUUAAGCGGCGUCGUUUUCGAACCGUUUGAGGAGGUGAAGAAGGAACUCGAUCUCGUCCCUUCGGCUCCUCAGCACUCGCUUGCUCGACAUUUGUACUCCCCUGAGUGCGAAGCCGCCGUGAAUGAGCAGAUCAACGUGGAAUACAAUGUGUCUUAUGUGUAUCACGCGUUGUAUGCUUAUUUCGACCGUGAUAACGUUGCUCUCAAAGGACUUGCCAAGUUUUUCAAGGAAUCGAGCGUGGAAGAACGAGACCACGCUGAGAUGUUGAUGGAGUAUCAGAACAAACGUGGUGGGAAGGUUAAGUUACAGCCCAUGGUGAUGCCUCAAUCUGAGUUUGAUCACGCUGAGAAAGGAGAUGCUCUGUAUGCCAUGGAGCUGGCUCUAUCAUUGGAGAAACUGGUCAAUGAAAAGCUCCUAAACGUGCACAGCGUGGCUUCGAAGAACGAUGAUGUCCAGUUGGCAGAUUUUAUUGAGAGCGAGUUUUUGAACGAACAGGUUGAAGCAAUUAAGAAAAUCUCAGAAUAUGUCUCUCAACUCAGAAGACUCGGCAAAGGACAUGGAACAUGGCAUUUCGAUCAGGAGCUUCUGGAAAAUGCUGCUGCUUAAUCUGUUCUGGUUGUACUCUCUUAUAAACAGCUUUGGCUGUAAUCUCUUAUAAACUACUGGUUAUUCUGUUUUGGUUGUAAUCUCUUAUAAACUGUUGCGUAAUCUAUUUUGAUUGAGGAAUAACAGCCUUUAGUUUUUGUUUUUA